AGUGAACUUUGAUCGUCAUUUCCAACUACGAGAGGUGGUGGAAUCUGCACGUAAAAAUAGGAUCUGAAUUUAGAUAUUUGAUAGUAAUUAUGGCUUUUUAUGUGUAAUGAAUCAUUUAUUAAUGUGUUUUGUAUAGUAUAAACAUGUGUUUUGACUUCGGCUGAUUGAAAUUAUGUCAUUUGUUGCUACACUACUGUACACAAAGGCUACGAUUCAAUGUCGUUGGAGGAAAACGCUAAGUAUGAUCUUAACAGUGUUUGUAAUUGAAGCAACAAACAAAUUUAAUGGUGCUAUUUAAUUUAAUUAUCUAAGAAAGUGAUUUUAGUGUUCACAAUGCCUGCGGAAACUGAAAAUAGUAGAAGAAUUACGACAUUAGAGUCGGAACUUUACUUAUUGAUUGCUAAAUUUCUAAAGACUGGGCCUUGUCAAGAGAGUGCUAAGAUUUUGAGGGAAGAAAUCGAGAAACAUGAGCUUUUACCAAAGCGCAUCGAUUGGCUUGGAAAUGAGCAUAAUAGGACUUUUAAUGAGUUCGAUAACAUACUGUCAAGAAUAGCUGAUGACCAUCUUUUGAAAAUUUGUGAACGAAUUGGACCAAUUUUAGACAAAGAAAUACCUCCCACUGUUCCUGGAUUAACUUCUUUAUUGGGAGUUGGAAGACAGUCAUUUUUAAGAACCAAAGAAGAUUUGCAGAAACCAAGAUGUCAAUCAAGCAAUUUAAUUGCUCGAAAAAAUGGUAUGCCUUUGCUUCCGUCGCAGGCAGCUCAGUCUACUUAUCCACCCAACAUUGCUCAAGUUCUUAUGUCGAGGGAAUUAAGUGGCUCAUUAUCAUGUGCUCAUACAUUUACACCAAAAGUAUAUGCUCGUCAACAAAAUUAUCGCAGAUUGCUUGGCCAUUUGUCUUCAGUAUAUUGUGUACUCUUUGAUAGAACAGGAAAAUAUAUAUUUACGGGUGCUGAUGAUCUUCUAGUGAAAAUAUGGUGUGCUACGGAUGGUCGCUUAUUAGCUACUUUACGUGGACAUUCUGCAGAAAUCACAGAUAUGGCAGUUAAUUAUGAAAAUACAUUACUUGCUGCUGGCAGCUGUGAUAAAACCAUAAGAGUAUGGUGUCUUCGUACUACAGCUCCUGUAGCUGUAUUGAAUGCGCACACAGGAAUGGUUACCUCACUACAGUUUUGUCCUUACCCUAAGAAGGAAGAUCAUCUUUUGAUAUCAACUGGAAAUGAUGGCUGUGUGUGCUUUUGGCAAUGGAAUCCAAAAAAUAACACAUUCAACCCAAAGCCAUUGAAAUUUACUGAACGUAAUAAACCUAAUGCUCAAAUGUUGUGUACCGCAUUUAGCAAAGGUGGUUUAUUUUUGGCAACUGGUAGUACUGAUCAUAAUGUUAGAGUUUAUAAUAUUGCUGGUUCCAAUGGGCCUGAAAAGAUUUUAGAAAGAGAAGCUCAUACAGAUCGAGUUGAUAGCUUGCAGUUUAGCAAUUCUGAUUGUCGGUUUAUCACUGGCAGCAAAGAUGGAACUGCAUCUAUAUGGCAAUAUAAAAAACAGAACUGGACUAGUAUUCAAUUGAAAAUGACCACUAAACUUCCUGGCACACAGUCGGAUGAACCUGAAGAUACUAAAGUUAAAUUGAGAGUUACAAUGGUCGGUUGGACACUUGAUGAUAGCAGAGUCAUAACGGCCGUUAGUGACUUUACAAUAAAAAUCUGGGAUUCUAAUUCUGGAAAUCUACGUUUUAUUUUAAAAGGACAUGAAGAUGAAGUAUUUGUAUUGGAACCUCAUCCAAUUGAUCCAAGAAUAUUUUUGAGUAGCGGACACGAUGGCCGAAUCAUACUGUGGGAUCUAGUCACCGGCACAGUCAUAAAAAAUCAUUUUAAUUUAAUUGAAGGACAGGGUCAUGGAGCAGUUUUUGAUUGUAAGUUUUCUCCUGAUGGAUUAAUGUUUGCAUCUACAGAUUCACAUGGUCAUUUGAGUAUUUUUGGAUUUGGCUCAGCUGAUCGUUACAAAAAAGUUCCUGAGGAACAGUUUUUUCAUACAGACUAUCGGCCUCUCAUACGAGAUAUCCAUCACCAUGUUCUGGAUGAGCAGACUCAAACAGCACCUCAUUUGCUUCCACCUCCAUUUUUAGUUGAUAUAGAUGGAAACCCAUACCCACCUCAAUUUCAGCGUCUUGUUCCUGGUCGUGAAUAUUGUAAUGAUUCUCAACUUGUCCCUUAUGUUGCUGUCUCUGCAAAUGGUGAGGCUGAAAUUCUAGAACCUGUUCGUUCUGCUAAUGAUAUUCCUUCUAAUAGACCAACAAUUGAUGAUAUGAUUGAGCGACUCCAGCAAGAGCAGAAUCAGAAUAAUCGAGAUAAUAGUAGUGAAAGUGGAUCCAGGAGAGGCCCACCCGAUUCACCUAAUUCCAGUCGACGAGGACACAGCGAGAGUGAGCAAAAUGGUGUUCCUGAUCCAUUUUCUCCACGUACACCUCGUUCUCAAGCAGCUCAUAGCCGCGUCGGUUUGAGAAGAACCGGAGAUGUUGAAGGUGUUCAGUCUGUGGGGAAUUGGCAGUCUAGAGGAAACCAACCUGACAUGCAGUGCACAUCAAAGCGUUAUGUUGUGAGACCAAUAAAACAAUCUAUGGCUAAUUCUCUAAUGAAAACAAGAGUCACCCUUGCUGAGCAUGAAAUGAAUCUUUACAACCAGGAACGGAAGUGGCGUCCACAGCCAGAGUCUAGCAGAAAAUCUCAAAUGGAAGCUGACAAUCUUUCCUGGUUGAAGCGCCCAGGCUUACGUGCUGGAACAAGAGCUCGAACUCAAGAGGAUGCAAUUAACAAUGCCUUUGGAGAAGAAUUUGAGAAUCCAGAAAAUGUACCCAGCUCUCCAGCAACAGAAACUGAGCAAGAGGAGGAGGAAGAAAAAGAAGACACUUUUACUGAUAGUUCUAACGAUAGUGGAUCAGGUGAAUAUUCAGAUUGGGAAGCUGAAUCAUCAAAGAAGACAAAAAAAUAUGAAAGAACAGAACCUUCUGAAAAUGAGCCUUCUUCUUCUGGGCUUUCUAGUAGAGCUAGAUCUGCAAGAAGAAGGCGACGCCGUGCUCUUUCUGAUGAAGAACAUGGUGAAUCUGAAGAGAAUGAUGAUGAUGACGACGAUAUGGAUGAUGAUGAAUCGUCAAAAUCACCUCCCAAAACUCCUAGGAAAACCAAAUCCAAAGUUUCUCAUAAAGGAAAAAUGCCAGCUACAAAAGGCAAGAAGCUUCCUGAACGUUUCCGCCCGCCUGAAUGGUUAACAGAUGUGAUGCCACAUAAAGCACCAUACGUUCCUCAAAUUGGAGAUGAAAUUAUGUACUUUAGGCAAGGACAUGAGUUGUAUGUUCAGGCUGUAAAAAGAAAUAGAGCUUAUGACAUAUAUAUGCGCGAUCAGCCUUGGAGAAAAUAUAACAUAAGGGACCAAGAAGUUGCUAUAAUAGAAGACAUAACGUUUGAAAACCACCCUCCUCGUCUUUGUUGCUUGAAAUUGGCUUUGUCUAAUCCUGCCACCAAAUUAGCUGAAACAUUUACUGUGAAGUAUCAUGAUAUGGAAGAUGUUAUAGAAUUUAUAAUAUUAAAACAAAACUAUGAUACAGCCAUGUAUUAUGAUUGGAAACCAGGUGACAGGUUUCGUUCAGCUAUAGACAAAGCUUGGUGGUUGGGAACUAUCAAGGCUCAGAAACCCUUAAACCCACUGUUUCCUGAUUCUAUGUUUCAGUGUUUUCUUGUUAAAUGGGACAAUGGUGAAAGGGAACAAAUGAGUCCAUGGGAUUUUGAAAGAAUUGAUGCUGAGCGUCUACCUGCUGUUGAAGGGGGAAGUGUUGACAUAACUCCAGAGGAGAGACUUAAUAUGAUGUAUAUAGCGGAGCCUCACGAGUGGUCAGCGUUUGGACGUGAUUAUGAUAAUGACAGACUUGCCAGUGGCUUCACACGCAUAAUGGAGCUUUCUAUUGCUGAACCUUUUACGACUCCAGUAGACCUCAAUGUUUAUCCUGCCUAUGCAAUUGUUGUGGAAUAUCCUAUGGAUCUGGGUACAAUCAAAGCUAGGCUACAAAAUCGUUUUUACAGGAGGCUUGCUGCUCUCAAGUUUGAUGUUCAGUAUAUUGGGAUUAAUGCGCUCAAAUUUAAUGAACCCACUAGUCGCAUUGUGAAACAAGCAAAAUGUGUUGUUGAACUAUGCCUUAAAUUUAUUGGACUGCCAAACUGUCAUGAUCCAAUGAUUAUUUAUCAUGAGAUGAUGGAAGCCAAACAAUCACGGUCUCAAGAUUCACAGAGUGAAUUAGAUGUUUUGUGUAGUGAAUCCGAUAGUGAUGGAGAGCAUAAUGCUAAAAUCAAAAGAAGGAAACGGAAUGCCAUGCAAUCAAGCACACAGAUGCAUAAAAGUAAUCAAAAGUAUACCUCUAGUAGCUGGAGAGAGCAGUGCAUGUCUUUAUUGAACACUAUGUUUGAAUGGAAUGAUUCUACACCAUUUCGAUAUCCUGUGAAUUUGAACGAUUAUCCGAAUUAUAGGGAUAUAAUAGACUGUCCAAUGGAUUUAUCUACUGUAAGAGAUAGACUGAGUAACAACUAUUAUAGCAGUCCUACUGGUCUGUGUAAAGAUGUGAGGCUUAUAUUCCAGAAUUCACGUACUUACAACAUCAAUAAAAAAUCUAGAAUUUAUUCAAUGACUAUUCGAUUAUCAGCUAUGUUUGAAGAACAUAUUAGAGGUAUUGUAAGUGAUUGGAAAUCUGCUGUUAAAUAUGAAGAAAAAAUUCGUAACAACCAAUAUGUUAGCAGUCGACGAAAACCUCUGCCUGUUCAAGAUGCUAAUGUUAAUGUAGGGGCUUCUACAUCGAGAGGUUUUACAUCAAAUUUACCAUCUACCUCUAGAGCAGAUAACUACAAGACAUCAAUUAACCGCAUUUUGAAUGCAGCUUAUUCUGAGCCCAGUAGUUCUAGGAGUAAAAUGAAAAAUGGAAUAGGCCGCAAAAAGAAAAGCAGUCCAGAAGUUACACCUACUAAACAAUCAACUGCAGGUGUGAAAAAGAAAGUUUUGAAAACUUCAUUAGGCACUUUAACAAAUGGAGUUGCAAAGAAAAAAUUUACUCAUACCUCAAAACGAACUUUUGUAAAUAAAUCUUUAAGAAGACGCACAGAGAAUGUUCACAAAAAAGAACAUUCAUCCUUUGAAGGAAGUCGUUCAGAUUCUGAAGCCGGUAACGAGUCAAACAAAUCUUCAGACAGUGAUAGUGAUGAUUCUGAAUGGGGCAACAAUCGCUCUAAAAAACGUCCAAAAGAUAAUAGUGAGAGUGAAGAAUCUGUCUUCAGGAACAGGUCUAAGAGGCCACGUAAAGCUCAGAUUCUUCACACUAAAAGAACAUUUAGAAACAGAAUUAUCAAGAAGCAUCUGCGUCACACUCGAUCUACUAGGUCCUCUGCUCAUCUCAAAUCCCCCGUUUUCUCAUCUCGUAUUUCUAAAACUCUCAAUUCUGCUCCCGAUUCAUCGAGGUCCAUAACUCCAGAAAGAACUAAAAAAUCAUUCGUAAAAUCCAAACGGAGGGACAUCCCAUGUCCUUUGCAGUCACCUCUCGCAUCAAAACGGUUGCAGUUGCGAUCUAAAAACAACAGUCCUCCAUCGAAACGUGCUCACCUGAGGAGGGUAACGGUCCAGCCCAGACGCUACGUUAAUUCCGGCACCACUUCGGAAAGUGACGCAUCAGAAUUGCAAAGCAACAAAGACGAUAGUACCUCAAACAGUCAAACUGCGUCAAAUAGCAGGGACAGUUCAAGUAAAUUAUCAUCAGCACGCAAUACUUCGACUAACAGUGCAGCUGUUGAUGAGAUGCAUUAUUCUUCGAGUUCCGAAACUGAAGAGCAAACUAAAACUGCACGGCAGUUACCAAAGAGAAUUAGUCGGCGUGCCUUACUUUUACCUAGCCCGAGGCAGACGAGAAACCGAGGCCAAAGAACUGUACAGUAUGGGGAAGAUAGUAAUGAUGAUAAUGUCAGUGAUGAUUCUGGAAAUUCACAGCCACUGCUGUCUCUAAGCAGCAGAGGCCGUCUACGUUCAGAUCUUACAAAAGACAAAAAUAUAGCUAAACCUGUGAUGACAAAGAAAGUACAUGAAAAAACACCAGUAAAGGAAUGCACAAAGAGAAGUAUUUUAAUAACUCAAAAGCAAUGCAAGGAUUCCGAACUAAGUUCCAAAUUGAGGACUCAAAAUGUUAGUAAAUUGAAAUCUCGUGUUACAAACACAUUUCAAAAACGGAGAAGUUCUGCAUUGCUAAGUCAUAAAUUUGAUUCACAUUCCUCAUUGCGUUCCAGAUCUUCUACCUCUCUAGAUGUGAAUAAAAUAUAUAAAGCUAAGUCUACUCCUACGUCUUCAAAAACUAUAGUUCAGCCCGUUGAAUCCAAGCUGUAUCAGAAAGCUUUAAAAAUCUGUGAUAAAAGAAAAAUUAGUAAAAGUCUGAAUGCCAAUAAUGGAGAACAGUUUGCAUUUAAUGGACCAAUACAGAAGAAAAUAUCUAAUGCUAGCACUAUUUUGAGAAAAAGUAGUAACAUUAAAAUCGAUCGUGAUAAAAGAUUGACUCGUUCGUCUUUAUCUUCCAAUAAUACAGACAAGUCAGAUACAGCAUCUAAAGUACGUUUGAAAAAUAAUGAAGCAUCUUUCAAUGCCAUAAAUAACUUAAACAAAAAUAGUAAAACUAGUGAAGAUAAGCCUAGUUCUACUGAGGAAGGUGCUAAUAAGAUUGGUGAUAUUCCGGGUAAAAUAAAUAAUCCAAAGAAAGUUCAACUUGUUAUUAAAAGGAAACCUCCCUUAUUGAAACAUAGAAAAAGUGGUUUAAUUGCUAAAAAGCUUUCUAAAACCUUAGCAUCUGAAUCAAUAUCUUCAUAUACUAGAUCUGCUGUACAUAAAGAGGCAUCGCCUGCAUCAAAAAGCGAGACUAGUAGUUCAACUUCUGACUUAAGAAAAACCAAAGAUGAAGAUGUUGUUUACCCUAGCACUUCUAAAAAAAUAGACGAAUCUGAAUGUAGUAACCAAAGCAAAGAAAAUUCCAGCUCAGCAGCUACCAAGCGCAAAUGGUAUCAGAAAAAAAUUCGCUCAGCUGCUAGAAUCAGCACGAGGGUUAAUAGAAACUCCAGCUCUACGAGUAAAAAUGUAAUUAAUAAACGGGAAACCAGGUACAGUGGAAGAAGGACAGUGAUAUAUACAGAAGACAUAGAUAGCCCCUAUCUAAUGGAGAUGUUAGAAAAUGAAGAACAUUACGAGUCUGAUAUUAGCCAGAAUAAAGACAUUUCGACCUCAACCAUCAGUGUGCCAUUAUCAAAGCCAGCUUUAUCUAAUCCUAGACAACGCCAAUCUUAUGUUCGAGUUAGGCAUAAGCCUAAUAACUUCAAAAGAUAUUCUCUAAGGGCCCCAGAGGAAGCUAAAAAGCCAUUAAAGCAACUGUCGAAUGGAAUCGAGACUAGAAAUCGUGGUGAAAGAACAAUGUUAUAUAACGACGAUAGUGAAUUUUCUGAUGAAUUUGAAAAUUUAGAGCCAGUUGUGUUCAACAGGAGUAGCUGCUGUUGAACAUUUUUUUCUUUUCCUUUUCCAGCUAUUAUUUGGUUGAGUAAGCAUUUUAAGUGCAGUUGUUAAUCAUAUUUUUAUAUAAGGCAAGUUUUUGAAGUAUAUUCCUUACUCUUCUCUUUCAUGUAAAGCAUUUCGUGAUAAUGUUCUAACAAUUUUAAUACUUCACUUCUAAAGCUUUGAAACCUACCUGGUGAUGGUCUUUGUAUUGUCUGACUAGUUGAGUUAAUGUUUCUAAGAAACUUGAUAUAAUUGUUUUAUUUCUUGAUGGACAAAGAGAAUGUGCAUUUUAGAAAUAUUGACUUAUUUUGAGUACUGUUGAAAUUGAUAAGAGUAAUCUCUAUUUGUUUUGUUUGUAAAUGUAUUUCCCAAUCCAGUGAAGUGCAUUUUCUUAAUUUUAUACGUUAUAUGUCGUAAAUAUAAUAAAUAAAUUUACAUUCUA